AUGGCACCCCUUACACACAUUCCUUUGCAACGGCCGGAUCAUUUCAACUUCGCCACUGAUGUUGUUGAUACCUGGGCGGCCAAGUCACCCUCCUUGGAGGCCAUGCUAUGGGUGUCUCACGAUAAAGCCACCCAAAAGUCGCUGACUUAUCAACACUUCUCCCAGCAGUCACAGCGCAUUGCUCUCUUACUCGAGCAACUGGGUGCACGUCCGGGAGAUGUUAUGCUGAUGGUCCUUCCACGAGCUCCGGCAUGGUGGGAGGUUGCUACAGCCGGUCUCCGCAGUGGCAUUCUAAUUGCUCCGGCAACGACAUUAUUGACCGCGAAGGACAUUGAGUACCGCUCUCAAAGGAGCAAGGCAACCGUCUUUGUCGGUGAUGCCACGAGUGUCCGCAAGAUCCAACAGGUCCGCCACAAAUGCCCCUCUCUCCGGGUCAUCAUCCAGACAGAGGGCCAGCCAGAAGCAGGGGUGACGGGCCUGUACAAGGCCAUAGAACAGAUCGAGACAACCGCGAGGCACUUCCGGUCUACCGAAGAUGCGCAUCUCCUUACCGGCAAAUAUUGGCUCAAUUUAUCGCCUGGGAAGCUCUGCUGGAACUACACUGAGCAAGGGUGGGGGAAAGCGGCAUAUUCUUACUUCGGAGCGUGGAACUGUGGCGCCAGUUUGUUUGUCUGGGACGACCGAGGACCAUUCAAUGCAACCACAAUCCUAGAGCAUUUGCAUAACUUUCCAAUCGCGACACUAUGUGCCCCUCCGUUAGCGUGGCGGCAGCUCGUCCAGCAACAGUGCCAACAAUAUUACCGCAAGAAUGCACCGCGCGCUCUCGCACAAUGCAAUUCAGCUGGGGAGCCACUGGAUAGUACAGUAAUUGACCAGUGGCGCAGCCUCAGUGGAUUAACGAUUUGCGAAGGUUACGGCCAAACUGAGACAACCUUAAUGUGUGGAAACUAUGGUGGCUUUGAAGUUCGCCCUGGAUCGAUGGGCAAGCCGAUUCCUGGAGUGCCUCUGUAUGUCAUCAACCCAGCUGGUCAAGAAACUCCAGCAAAUGAAGAGGGGGAGUUGGCCCUCCUGGUUGCCGAUGGAGAUUCUCCAUCGAAUUUUUUCGGAAUCUUUGACGGAUAUGUUCAUGAUAACGGUGAGGCGACACGCAACGAGAGAAUCAGCACACUCCACGGGAAGAUCAGGAAGUGGUACCUGACUGGCGACAAGGCCAAGAGGGAUAAGGAUGGGUAUUUAUGGUUCGUGGGCCGCGCAGACGAUGUUAUCAACUCCUCUGGCUAUCGAAUUGGCCCAUUUGAAGUUGAGUCCACUCUGAAACAGCAUCCCGCUGUGGCGGAAUGUGCCGUGAUAUCUUCCCCUGACAUGGUCCGUGGAGAGGUGGUCAAGGCCUUCAUAGUUCUGACCUCGAAAUACGCAAAAGCGCCCCGAGAUCAGCUUACGAAGGAACUGCAAAUUUUCUGUAAAACAAAUUCCGCGCCGUACAAAUACCCGCGGAAAGUGGCGUUUGUCAAUCAGGAAUCCUUGCCCAGGACCACCAGCGGCAAGAUCAAGAGGGCAGAACUGAGAAAGCUGGAAUGGCAGAAUGCGAAAUCUGAGAACCUUCCUAAGUUGUAA